CCUGCCGGCAAUCCUGGAAGACCCGGAGCAGCUGGAGGUGCAGGACAGGCUGGAUCCAAUGGUUCACCUGGACGUGAUGGAGCGUAUUGUCCUUGCCCUCCAAGAACUGGCUCCGCAUUUGGCGGCGCUGGAUCUGGUGGUGGCAGUGGCUUCACUGGUUCUGGAGGAGGCAAUAACGGGUUUGAGAUCACUACUGUGCUCCAAGGUGCUGCUGGAGGUGGCAACGAGCCGUGGAAUCAAAACAAUGCUCUCAAGAAGCGCGCUCGUGUACUAUAAUUUUUGCCGUAGCUCAAUAAAGUUUUGGAUAGUCUAGGA